AGAAGAAUCAUCGGGUCCAAUUUCCGACGACGACUUCGCUUUCUGCGACCCCCUCCCGAGCGCACCCCCCCAAGUACUCGACUUAAACUCCCCAGACAGCAUCAACGAAGGUGCCGCUCCAUCCCUCAAUCUCCUCUCUCCAAACAAGGCCGAAACCAGCGUGAAGCGUCACCCCUCCCCGUAUUACUACAGCGACCUCUACAAAUACAAAACGACUGACAACUCGGCCCCCAAUAAACUGCCAAUUAACAAAAACGAGAAAAAUCAAAGUCUAAAGCUAGAUAGCGAAUCAAAAAACGAUAAUAGCAAUAACAGGAGGACCAAGAGCAACAGGAAGUUCAGGAAGAGUUCCAGCCUCGAUAAUCCGUAUGAGGUUAGAGGGAAAGCUGUGAGGGCAAGGCCAGCUGCGAAGUACAAGAAAAGUUCCAGUGUUGACACUCAGAGCACCGAUUCAAAGGACGCACCAAAUGGCACCUCGAUGCCUCCGAAUCUAGUAACUGUCACCGCGUAUGACGACUAUGGACUAGACGACAUGACCCGCCAACGUCAUGUGUACGAAACGGCCUUCGAUUGUCGCAUCAGCAAAUCGGACGACGACCUCGACCAAAUCGACAAGAAAAUGCACCUGCUCGCCGCGGAAGACCCCCCCUCCGCCGCUUCCGGGGGGCCCCCACCUCGCCGCUACCCGCCCUCACCACCGUCCACGGCCCCGCUGCCCACCAAGUUCCGGGGCAAGGAGCUCGCGAUGAACAGCGUGCGCAGCGCCCCGAACCUACCAGCUCGACCCACGGCGCGCCUCAAGGACCUCCACCUGCCGGGGAAGAGUGCCUUCGAAAUCGAGUUCGGCUCCGGAACGUCCGACCGCCUGAUCUCAGAGUUCAAGGGCAGGCCGGGGUCUAGCUCGAAAGACGCCGACCAAAUAUACGAGAUUAAGGGUAGGCCCAGAAAAGAUUUGUUGUUGAUGAAUAAGCGGUCCAAGGAUAGUCUGUUAGAGUUUAAGGGUAGAAGCAGGAUAAGGCAUAAGUACUCGAGCACGGAGAGUAUGACGACUAGCAGUAGUGGUGGCAGUAUGGAGAGCAUUAAGAGUAGUACUAGUGAAGGGAAUAGGAGUACUUCUAGUUCUGAGAGUAGGCAGUCGCCUUCAUUGAGCUCAGGAGGCAUCCUUGCGCAACACGCCAACAAGCUCCACAUCCUGAGCCCGAUCUCAGACAAAUCAUCUCAGGAACCAGUUUCGGAAACCUCCGACAACAACAGAAACAACAAUUCGCAAAAGUGCUCUCCCGAAGAAGUCGAUGAGAAUCAAAAAACCAAACGCCGUCUACCUCAAAACAAGAACCUAUUGAAUUUAGGUUUCCACGGGACGAAUCCUGCCGAAUUCCAGGGAUCCGACAGCGGGAUUUCCAUACAGUCUCGGGAAGGGAUCAAAUCGAGAUUCGGAUUCACGAUCGCAGAGUUAUCAGCUCCGCCUAGCCAGCAGGAUUUCUCAGAUUUGCCAUUCGACAUGCCGAAACUGAGGCGCAGGAGGAUGGUCCCCGAGGUAGCCUGCACGUCAGGCAGCGCGACCUCGGUGGACUUGCGAGACCUACCCUUCGACAUGCCAAAACUGAGGCGCCGCAUGAGAUUGCAGACCUCCAACUUGGAAGGCAGCGCGUCCCAGGCGUCCUCCAGUCAAAGCGUCAUCGAGGCGGACAGAAAAGCACUAUGUCGACCUAAGCUGACUCUCAAUCUGGGAGAGUUGGGAGUUCGUCAACAUUCUGGAUUUGGGCUAACAUUGAAUGGACUGGGCUUAACUCUGAAUCUUCCCUCGCCCCCACCCAUUUCAGACACUAUCGACGUUAAUUUGCCAUUAGAAAAACAAGGGAGCGCCAGAGGUUUUAUGCAUAUGAGGAUCCAGAAAAGUUCCAGUGAUGGUCAUUUCAUCUUAGGGCAGUUCAGCAAGCCCUUCACUUCCAUUCCGGAUAUGAUUAAACAUUUUUCAAUAAACCGCCUGCCGAUCAGAGGGGCUGAGCACAUGUGUUUAUUGCAACCGGUCAUUGCACAACUCUUGUGAUAGGGAACUGUCUAACUGUCAUGUCUUUCGAUACGGAACGUUGCCACCAUGUUACCAAUAAGCUUUUACACGAAAAUAUUAGGAAUCCCACAGAAAUAUUGUGUUAAAUUAUUCAUGAGUAUCAAUUUUGUUCUUUUCUUUGGAGCAGAAAAUCUUCUCAAGUAUAUGUUACAUAUUUAGGAAACACCCAUGACCAAGAUAAGAUCGCACAGCAUGGGGAUCUCAUGAACGAAUUCGGUUAAAUUGGAAGAAUGUUGCGACAUAUUCAGGAGGUCAUAUCAACAAACCAUGCACAUUUUCAAAAUAAUAUAUGCAUAGUUCUUCAGUUACCUAUAUUGAAAAAAAAUAAUUCAACAUGGCGAUUAUCAUUCCUCUAUGCGACGUUUCGUAUUCGUAGAACCAUCAUCAAUGAUAUCUUUUCUUUGGAAUUUCGAAAAACAUUGAUGAUGGCUAGAACUAGGUCGGAUAACACUUUCAAACAGUUCGUGGUUGUAUUCAUAAUGAAAAAAGAUUUCAGAAUCUGUGAAACACAAUCAUAAUCAGGGCCGUAUUCGAAAAUAAAUUGUUUCUUCUAUGAAUAUGAAAUGUCACAUACAGAAAUCAAUAGUACCACGUUUAAUCCCAUCAAAAGUUGCUGUGGUCAAGUAUUGUCAGUUUUUCUGUAACUCCGAUAACAACGUAAAAAAUGAUUUUCCGAAAAUUAUCUUUGUUUGGAAACUAUUAAUAAUUUUGAAGUCUGUUGGAAUGGCCUUCCGAAUGCGCAACUUCUUCUCCAUUCAACCUAAUUGGUAUAUUACAAAGAGAGAGCAACUCAGUCUUUACCACAAAAUAGUUCAUAAAAUGAACGGAAAUGGUAGAUAACGAUAGUAACGGAUUAUCACGACGAAGGAUACCAUGUUUGAUAGGGUUAUUUCGAACAAUCACGAAGAUAUUUAUGUUCGAAGUUUCCAUAUGCUCAAUGGGUGUGACUUCGCAAUAUCGAAACUACUUUCUCUGUCACACUCAUUGAGCAUAUAGGUAGAAACUUAGAACGCGAAUAUCUUUGUAAUCGUUUGAAAUAACCCUAUCAAACCAGGUAUCGUUGAAUUCGUUAUGAUAAGCCCUAACCGAUUAUUGAAUAAAAUACAGGGUGUGCCAUCUGAAAAUCAAAAGUUGGGGUCGUUUCCGGUAAAACCGGAAUGGAUUGAACAAAAAUAGUUUUAUCAAUUUAUGAGCAAUUUGGUAUACUCUUGCUACCCACCAAUUUUCAAAAUCCGAUCUCGUUUUUUGUGCACUUCUCUGUAUGUCAAUCCAUUUUAUUUCUUCGAAAACAAAAUGAAUCAAAUAUUUUUGUGUAAGAGUUAUAUACCCACUGGCUUCCAUUAUUAAAAAUCUAAAAUAUGAAUUAUAUUCAUUACUUUCGUUACUUUUUAGAUUUUUUUAAUUUUUUUAACAAUAACUCAUAUGAAAUAUGAUAUAUUAUUAGAUAUACCCCUUCGUAACUAUGGUGUGCUUAUACUUAGUAAUGCACUCUAUGAAUGUUUUCAACAUACUAUUGCGGGAUAUAUCGUCAAGGAAUGUGCAAUAUCAUCUAGCCUAUAUUUUUUAAUGAUGCCGAGAGGCGAAAUUGUUUCAAAUCAAAAUGUCCUUUGUAUACCUAAUAAUUAAUGAUAUCGAUUCUUUUGAUGACCUUCAAUUUCGUACUAUGAUCGUCUUCCAUAACAUUUAGUUGUCAAACAAACACGAAUUCACUUUAGUAACCUCAUUUUCUUCAUGUUUUCCAGAUACAGGAUCACUAAAUAUUAGGUACUAUGUUAAUGAUGAAAAUCAACAUGUCGUUAUGAAUCGAAUAGACAUCUUCCUCAGUACAUGCAGUAACAGAUUUUGACAAAUGUUGUCAUCAACCUCAGACCAAAUUUAGAUACUGAUGAUCACAAUUUUCUUGUAGUAUCUAGUUAUUGAAUUUGGAAAAUUAUCAAACGUAAUUCAUCUGUAUUGAAAAAUACUGAUAUUUUAGCAGGAUGAAAUAGUUUUUGUGUCCAAACGGAAAAUCAUACAGACACUAACAUAAUAAUUUGGGUCUGAUUUUUUUAGGUCAACCCAAUAAUUUGGAAUUAUAGAAGGGUUAGUUUUUUCUUCAUUAUUUAUAAGGUGUUUUUGUAUUUUUCCAGAGUUUUUUUUAUUUAGGCUCUAGGAUCAUAUUGCCAAAGAAGAUGACUGUGAAUAUUUAUACAUACCUACCCACUAUAUAUUAUUAUAUUAUAUAUACAUUUCAAGAGUUAUAGUUAGAUUUGAGGUAGAUCUUAGAUCAAUGUAAUUUAUUCUAAUAGAUAAAAAAAGGAAAAACGUUAUUGAAAUAUUACAUAUUACAUAUUAUGUUAAUACGAUAUUACAUUCCCUCACAUGUUAUGGCUCAUUGUAAUAUAAUUAUUAUUACCUAUAUUAUAUUUUGUUCAACCAAAAUUCGAAAAUUAUGACAUUUACAGUUUCUUCUAUAUUGUAGCAUAAUGUAUUAUUGAGUAUAGUACUAUUAGUUUAGAAUAUUUUGAAAUGAAUGUGUCAAUAAUGGACUGAAUAAAAUCUAUAU